CAUGGAUGUCGUCCUCGGCUUGGCGGGCGAUGUCGUCCGGCUCGUCUUGGCACUCUGCGGGCGGUAGUACGGGCUGUCCCUCCAUGCAGUGGAUGACGUCCUCGGCUCAGCGGAUGAUGUCGACUGGUUCCUCUCGGCGUUCGGCGGGGUGCGGCGCGACUCCGGUCUUGACAUUCUCGGAGGGUGUCCAUAUCCAUGGCGGGAUCGGGUGUACAUCUAACGGUCAUCCGCUGGUUCUUCAUCCGAGCAACGGUACGAGAAAUGGGAGUUCCUGUCUCGGGGGCGUCAUCGUCCGUAUGCUCUCCCGAUGUUUCGUCCUCCGGCUCUUGGGCUACCAACGGAUCUUCCACUAGGAUGCAGCUCUCCUCCACCUGUGUCGAAGAUAAAUCAUCCAGUACAUUGGGAUGGAAAUCGGCGGCUGUGGUGAUGGAUGCGGAUGGCGGCGAACAAUCGGGUGAGAUGUCCUCGUUGUCCGACAGACUUGGAUUGACCUGGUCGUUUCCUGCCAUGGUUUGUGAGAGAAUAACGCGACGAACGUGUGCGGUGAAUAAAAAACGUGAAAGUGUUGUGAUAUACAAAAUAAUUAAUAAGAAAUCCAAUAGAAAUUGCUAUAGCUUCGUAGUGAGUGAAAUACAGAAAAAAGUGGUUUAACAAUGUGCUCAGUGA